AUGGACCUCUCCGUCACGCUGGCCCUGAGCUCCCCCACGGAGCACGGGGAGCAGCUGAGGAGGCGCCAGCACUCAUUAUCAGAGCUGACUUAUGCAAGAGAUGAAGACGCAACAAAACUUGAGACCACGCGUGCACGGCUGUUAAAUGUUCUCAAAAGGCAUGAAGAUCUGAAAGAGCGCCUCUCGCGGGAUUCUGAUAAGCUGAUUUUUGAGCGUCUACAGAAAGAAUUUGAGGCUGCACGAGUUGCACAAACCGAAGGUACAAUUUCAAUAGAUGAUGAGCAGUGGAAUGAUGGCUUGCUGGCAACUAUCCGUGAGAAGGUCCAUAUAGAGGCUGAAAGGAAGGCGAUGGUCAACCUGGCAAAUGUUCCAACAGACUCUCAAUUUCAAUCAAGGACGACUUAUAGAAUCAGAAAUAAGGUUAUCUAUUGUUUGGAUGGUGCCAGAAUUGGUAUACAGUAUGAGACAUUCUUCGCUGGAGAGCCUUGUGAAAUUUAUCAUUGCGUUUUGGAGAGCAAGUCAUUCCUUGAAAAGAUGACUGUGACUGAACACACCUUACCUUUCUUUCUGCCGAUUCGAGAAGUAGAAACUGAUCACCUGUCAUCUAACGCCAUCAGGUUUAUUGAUCAUCUUGAAGAAAUUUUGCAGUCGUAUAUUGACAGGAGAGAACAGGUUCGUCUUAUCAAGGAGCUCUAUGGCAACCAAAUUGGGGAAUUGUUCUACAGUCUUCCAUAUACCUUGAUAGAGUUUACAUUGGAAGAUUUUGAAUGCAAGGUUACAGUGAGUAUCCGAUAUUCAGAUCUAAUCUUGACCCUGCCUAGUCAGGCGAGGGUCUUGGCGUGGCCGCUUCGCUCUGCAAAGAGAAUAUCCGCAGCAGACCGUCGUGCUCAGCCUGUACCAUCUCGACUCUCCUAUGCCGAGAGCGCGUUGAAGACCUUGAGUUUGCCAGAAGCAUACGCGGAGAUUGUCCUGGAGCUGCCCCGUGCUCUGAAGCAGAUGUUCUACUCUCAGGAAAGCGACUGA